AUGUUUUUCAACCGAUUGUCGCGAAUAGUUCUGAUGGGAAGUAAAUUUAACAGCGCGUUAAAAUGUUACCGGCCCUGUGCAUUCCUUCCAUCAAGAAAUCUUUGCCAUGCGGCUAGCAUGAACGGACCACUAUUUCAAAUAUCCGACAAUAAGAUACAGAAAUACUUGGAACGUUUGCGCCUGGAAUAUUACGCUCUGAAGGUACAGGAACAACGCACGAAGAAAGACAUUCAGCGAAUGUUGCUACUCUCCAACGUGGUGGAAAUGUACGAACAGCGCAGGAUAAUCGUUGACAAUUUGAGUUCGCUCAAGGAGCUGAAGGACGACAAAGAUGAUGAGAUGGUGCAGUUGUUGAAAGAAGAACGUGAAGCAUACGGAAGUAUUCUGCUCCGAUUGGACAAUGAAAUUCUGGACGGUAUUCUAUCGAUGGACGAUGAGGAAGAUUAUGGUUCGCUCAUAAUGGAAGUAACGGCGGGUGUCGGUGGACAGGAAGCGAUGCUUUUUGCCAGCGAACUGUUCGACAUGUACUGCGGGUACGUGGAGUAUAAGGGCUGGGAGGUGGAAAUGCUCCAAUCAGAAGAUACGGACAUUGGAGGAACGAGACAUGCGACCACGAUCAUCACUGGUCUGGAUGCGUAUCGCUAUCUCAAGCAUGAAGGAGGUGUUCAUCGUGUGCAACGAAUCCCGGCGACGGAAAAAUCCGGCCGCAUUCAUACCAGCACCGUCACGGUGGCCAUUAUUCCCCGGCCAGAUGACUUUCAGGUAGACCUCAAGGAGAAGGAUCUAAAGAUUGAAACGAAGCGUGCCAGCGGUGCAGGAGGACAGCACGUUAACACAACGGAUAGUGCGGUGCGGAUCGUUCAUAUACCGACGGGCAUUGCCGUCGAGUGCCAGACAGAGCGAUCGCAGCAAAAAAAUCGUGAAAUAGCAAAGCAAAAGCUGAUCGCUAAACUGAUGCAAAACGAACUGGAAGCGAGAUUUAGCAGCACUCAAGCGCUCAAGAAAUCGCAAGUCGGCCAAAGUUUACGCAAUGAGAAAAUUCGAACGUACAACUACAACCAGGACCGCAUCACGGACCACCGAAUAGAAGGCGGAACUGCACACAAUCUGAAGGGAUUCCUGGAGGGUGGCGAACAGUUGGAUGACAUGAUUGAAAAGUUACGACGCUCGCAGCGCCGCAAGCAGCUGAUGGACAUCAUCAAUAGAAAGUGUGAACAGUGA